AUGAUUCUUAUUUGCAAAGGUUAAGACCAAAGAUUUUAAUUUUUGGACCAUGAAUAAAGCGGUUUACAAAUCUUAGUUAAUCUAAACACAAUCGAAUAGUAAUUAGAGGAUGGACAACAAGAAUAUUUGUUAAAAAUAUUUGAGUAAGUUACUAAUUCAGAUGAAUAUAAAGAAGUUGAUUCAGGAGUUAAAAGCCAAAUUGAUUGGGCAAAUUCUAUGAUCCAAAAUUAUUAAAAUAAUAUUAAUGAAUAGAAAUAAUCAGAACUUUAUGAGUUAAAUGCAGAAUUAAUAAAUUAAAGAUAUCCAGAAGUUCAUUAAACAAAUAAAUUGUUAGAUGAUAACAUAUAAAAAAUACGUGCUAGAGUUCAGUUAUUGCAACUAACUGAACAAAGAAACAUUUUGAAAGUAAACUAAUUUUUAUAAUCAGACUAAAAGCCUUGAAAAAAAUACACAAAAAAUCAUCAUUUGUAAAUAAAACAAAUUUGAAAAGGAGACUCAAAAGGAUAGGUAUGCUCGCAUAUAGAGAGAGCAAAUUGAAAAAAGAAAAAUAGAGAUAUAAAAGCAAAGAGAAUUACAUUUAUAAAUUAUAGAUUAAAGCAAAGGGAGAUAAGGAAAAAUGUAUUAUACAAAUCUAUUUUAAGUGUUUAAUAGAGGAUUCUUUAGACUAGAGAAUUUAAAACCAGAAUCUAAUAAGACUUCCAUAGAACUAUAAGACAAGUAGAAGCUGAAAAUUAGAGAUCUUAUUAAAGAAUCAAAAAAAUGGAAUAAAUCUAAACAGAGAAAAUAUAAAAGUUUUUGCUAGAUAAAUAAGUUUUUGCUUAGAAAAAUUAUCAAAAAAAAGUCGAAGACGAAUUCCAAGCCACAAUGUCGAAACAAGAUGAAUUAGAAUAAUUAGAAAAAUUAGAGCAAUAAUUACUAGAAAGAAUCAAAGUCACAUAAUAAAUGUAUUAGGAAAGCUCCUUACGUUUAGAAACAAUAAAAUAAUAGUCAUAUCGCCUAAUAGGCUAAUAAUAAAUGUGA